AUGAAGAACUUUGCCGGCAUGCUGGCCUUCGGCCUUCUCGCGCUGACCUCCUCGACUCACCCUAGACCACUCCACGAUCAAGUCGGGAGCGGUGUCACCGAAAUGGCCUCCAAAAACUCUCUCGGCGACAGCGUCUCAGGUCUAAAUCACACUAUCGACAAGCUCUUCGAGAAAAUCGAAUUUCAAGAGAAACUGGUGGUCGAUUCAGAGGCCCGGGUACGCUCAGCUGUCUACAGCGUUCAACAGGAGAAAUCACACUACCACGCACACUGUCCUCCACUCCCUGGCGGCUAUGAUUUCCCCACCAACGCCGACCCAUACAGCAUAGAUUUCGAUCUUCUGAACAAGUACUGGAACGCUAAGAAGAAGGACAAAGAGCUCAUAAUGGAGCUCAUGACGCAGCUCAAACCGAAUGGCAAAAGGAGCGACCUCGAGGAAGCUGUGCAUGAGGACACGAUUGACGAGGGUGCUAUCGAUGAGGACAACGGCGACUGGGAUGAUCUCGAUGAGGACGAAGUCGAUGAGGACGAACUGGAUGAACUCGACGACAUGGAUGGCGAACUGCUCACAAACUCCAAGCACAAGGAUUCACAAACCGGACCUUUGAAGCAAGAGAAGAAGCAACUGCAGCAUACUCUAAAGGAGCUCAAGACGAGGCGUCAGAGGACCAUGACUCUCGGCGCAGAGAUUGAGAUGUAUCAGUCCUCAUGUGGCGAAGGAGACACUCCUCAGGGAAAGACUAGAAUCGAGAAAACCCCUGCUGCGCCGGCCAGUGCAGAGUGA